AUGCUAACCAAUAUUAAUCUAUCAAGGAAUCGUAUACGAAACAUAUUGUGCCAGCAGAAGAGAUCUAUCAUACUAAAUAAUGAUUUACAAAUACGGUUAAAUGAAUCACAAUUACAUCCUGUUAUAAUUAUUGGGGGUGGUCAUGCUGGAUGUGAAGCUGCAACAGGAUCAGCAAGAUCAGGUACUUUAACUACAUUUAUAACUCCAUAUAUAAACAAAAUAGGAACUGCUUCUUGUAAUCCUUCAAUGGGAGGUGUUGGUAAAGGUACAUUAUUAAGAGAAGUUGAUGCUUUGGAUGGUGUUUCAGCUAGAAUAACAGAUAAAGCUGGUAUACAUUAUAGAAUAUUAAAUGCUUCUAAAGGUCCAGCUGUUCAUGGUCCAAGAGCUCAAAUAGACAGGAAAAUAUAUUUGAAUGAAAUGCAAAAAGAGAUUUUAAAUUAUGAAAAUUUACAAGUUUUAGAAGCACAAGUUAAGGAUAUAAUUAUAGAACCUAAAGUUCAUGAACAAGAUUAUAAUGCAAGAAAUGUUGGAAAAGUUAAAGGUGUAAUACUAGAAAAUGGAAGAGUAUUAGCCUGUAAUAAAGUUGUAGUUACAACUGGUACGUUUUUAGGUGCCGAGAUUCAUAUUGGUUUAACUUCAUUUCCUAGUGGUAGAAUGGGAGAAGCAGCAACUUUUGGAUUAUCGAAAACUUUUCAGGAACUUGGUUUUAGAUUAGGAAGAUUGAAAACAGGCACACCAGCUAGAUUAUCAGCAAAAACUAUAAAUUUUACUAAUUUAAUUGAACAACCAUCUGAUUUCCCACCUCAACCAAUGUCUUAUUUGAAUGAUAAGGUAUCAUUAGAAGAUAAAUUAAUUAAAUGUUAUCAAACAAAUACAACACCAGAAUUUCAUAAGUUAUUAAAAGAUAAUCUAGAUAAAUCUAUUCAUAUUAGGGAAACGGUUAAAGGACCUAGAUAUUGUCCAUCUAUUGAAUCAAAAAUUAUUAAAUUCCCACAUAAGACUUCACAUAAUGUCUGGCUAGAACCAGAAGGUUUGGAUACUGAUUUAAUAUAUCCAAAUGGUAUUUCAUGUACUAUGCCAGAAGUCAUACAAGAAAAACUUGUGAAAUUAAUGCCGGGAUGUGAAAAUGUAAAAAUGGAACAACCGGGAUAUGGUGUUGAAUAUGAUUAUAUAGAUCCAAAGGAGUUGAAAAAUACACUUGAAACUAAAUUAGUUGAUGGUUUAUACUUAGCUGGACAAAUUAAUGGAACAACAGGAUAUGAAGAAGCUGCUGCACAAGGUUGUAUAGCUGGUAUCAAUGCUGGCCUAUCUAAUUUGAACAAAUCAGUAUUAAGUUUAAAAAGAUCAGAUGGUUACAUCGGAGUUUUAAUUGAUGAUUUAAUUACAAAAGGUGUUGAGGAACCAUAUAGAAUGUUUACAUCAAGAUCAGAAUUUAGAUUAUCUAUUCGUUCAGAUAAUGCUGAUUUAAGAUUGACUAAAUUAGGUCAUGGUUUAGGAGUAGUAACCGAUCCUAGAUAUAAAUUUUUCACUAAAGAACUUGAACAAUUCAACCAAAUAAAGGACUAUUUAAAAGAAUUGGCACUUCCUGGCUCAGCAUGGACAAGUUCACUAAAAGAUAUUGGUAUUACUGUUAGACCAGAAAAUGCAGUUGAUGCAUGGAAACUAUUAUCUUAUAAAGGAAUGAGUAUAACAAAAUUAAUACCUUACAUACAACAACUUAAUAAAUCUAUGCCAUCAUGUUUUGAUAAUUUAUCAUCAAGGUUGAUCAACAGAGUUAAUAUUGAAGCUGAUUAUGAUCCAUACAUACAUAAAGAACGAGUUCAUUUAAAAGCUUAUGAAGCCGAUGAAGGUUUAUUACUUCCUACUCCUUAUAAUUAUACUUAUGAUGGUGAUUUAAAAAUAAGUCAUGAAGUUUGUACAUUAUUAAAUUUGAUUCAACCAAAAACAAUUGGUCAAGCAAGAAGAAUUCAAGGUAUAACUCCAACUGCUAUUUUUCAACUUUAUAAAUUGGUUAAAGGUCAACAAUCAAGAAUUGCAUUACAAAAUUCAUCAAUAUAA